GAGUACCGCACAAGGAAGAGGCCUGGCUAUUACUACAAGUUCCAGUGCAAGUCGUGUGCCUCUUGCAAGUGGCGUGGCUAUGCAACGUAUGAUCGGACUACAAAACAGAGCGUCUUCGUUGCGAACUCUUUGGAAAAGCAUUCUGGCAAAGACAAGAAGUGGGGCACCAAAGGCUUGACGCAAGUUUGCAAAGAUGUUGUUCGACAAGUGGUCCAUGACUGCAAGGAGGUGAGAUUACAGCAAGUGAUGCAGGCUCUUCACGGCGCUGGACUGCAGCCUAAAGAGAAACAUGUCGCGGUCUUCUUGAAGAAUUGUCGUGUGCGUGAGAAGAAGUUGAAAGGCAAGGGGAAGCACAGCCAGACAACGUGGAAUCUGGCAGAUUUUCAACUUUUGGCGCAGACCAUGAAGUCAGUGAAAGACAAGAACUUGCACAAUCAAAAUGGAUUGCUUCUAGCCAAUGCGCACCUGAAGGAUGAGUUUCUAUGCGUGACCUUGGUAAACCCAGUGUUACUCAAGGCACUCUGGCAGAAAAUGCGCAACAAAUCGUUUGUGAAAGCUGGGUCUGAUGGAGUCUACCGGCUUACCAAUCAGUCAUUCACCUUUGCAACUUUCGGAUUUCUUCUGAAAUCAGCAGGCGGUGGGAGUGAUUAUCACCAUUCUGGAAAGUCUAAGCAUGUGUUUCCAACCACCUACCGGGAAGCCUUCUAUGCCAUCAUGAAAAGCGAGCAUCAAAUCACAUAUGGCCGUCUAUUUUCCGACUUUGACUUGGUGAUGGAAGCAGUUCUGAAUGUUCCGAACUUUUGCGCCACUGUUGGCCAAUUUCACGCAGAUUUCCAUGGUGGCUUGAUGAUUGCUGCCCAGAAUCACUACAGGUGUGCUGUCUAUGGCGGCGAUUUUUCACACGCCAUGGGCAACGUUCGACCACCCAAGGGGUUGAGAAGUGACGAUGAGCAGAGACCAUGGAGGAAAGGAAUGAUCACUGUUCUCCGGCAGGCUUUGCAGGAUCCCAGUUGGUUAGAUCGCUUGGAGAGCGUCAUCUAUGGCACACGCUAUCUCACGUGGCCUCUGUUCAAUUUUGUGUGGGAACAAUGCUUGGGAGUGCUCACCGAUUGCGGAGAGACCCUGGCUGUUCGGAAACUCACCCAGCAUUAUUUGCACAAAGACGAUGCGCAUCGUCUUAGACCUGCGUUGAACUUGAAAGUACCUGUUGCGCAGCUAUUGGAUGAGCUGAAUGACUUCUCCAAGAGUCGUGCAAUAGAAACUGCCAAUCACGAUGGUGACUAUGUCGACGCCCCGAUGGGAACGUGGAGUAGCACAUAUAGAGCCGAUGCAGAGAAGUACAUGCAGGGAGGGCACUUUGUGAGCGACCCAGAUUCCGAUGGCAACUUGUACCUGGCUAUGCGAGAGGAUCCGCAGAGCUUGGGGCUGACCAAGACCCCUCUCACUGCAACUGUUCUGAAGCAGUUGAAGCGGAUAAUUGCUUUGAGAGAUACGGAGGAGCUUCCAGAAGAAGUUCUGCGUGCUUUGGGAUGUCGAUUGGAGCGAAGUGUUGAAGCCUUGGAGAGUAAUGUCGCAACGCUCCGCAGAUGGUGUAUAUGCAUCAUUGGACCAGGGGCACAGAAGCAUUGGCAACAGCAACCAGCAGAGGGCGCGGAGGAGCAGCCUUGGCCAGACCCGAAGAGGCGUCCAAAACGCAAAAGAGAUGGUGUUAUCUUGACACCAACCAAACCGCGAUCAGAAAGUGCUCCACCAACACCGUCAUGUCGCAGCCAAAGCGCAACCACGGAACUGUCUUUGCGUCUGAAGCAGUUGUUGCGCAAGCACAACAUGGCCGUGUACGAGAAGAUGAUGGUCCAAUAUGCUCUGACUGAAGAUGAACUACAAAAGUGGGACCUACCGUCUUUGAUGAUGCUUCUGCGGUCGCCGGCUGCAGCAACGAGACUUUUUUUGGAAGAUCUACACCGGCAGGCGGAUUCAGAGACCAUGCAUGGAGCGUCAGCAGAGAUUGCAAAUGAGGACGCUCGACACCGGCAGGACACGGAGGCGGAUUCAGAGACCAUGCAUGGAGCGUCAGCAGAGAUUGCAAAUGAGGACCUGCGGAAAAUGAAAUCCGAGACCUUGAUUCCGGUGGAAGAGGACGAGGACGAGGACGAGGACGAGGACGAGGACGAGGACGAGGACGAGGACGAGGACGAGGACGAGGAUGUGCAGCAGAUUCGCGGCACAGGUGCUGCGUUUGCUGCUUUGAACUAUUGUCAAGCCAAAGUUCAAUGUUUCAAGCAUGUCCCUACUCGCAACUUGACAAAGCCAGAAACUGUCCCACCGGACAAAUGGGCGGCUGCCCUCGAAGCCGCUUGGCAAAAUGCAGAAUGCCCAGCAGAAUCAUCCACACAACAGGAAUGGAUUGAAUUUUGCGGCAAUAUUGAAGAGACUUUCAAUGAAGCCGUGCAGAAAUGUGAGCUUACUUCUGCCAAGACCCACAGCAAAGCGGGUCGUCCUAAGGGAAGUGCAUUGCAAGUCAGACCCGUUGAGGCUACCACAUUCAGACUCAAACAGCAUGCCUCAUGCAGGGAGCUCAAAGCCCGUAAACUUUGGGGCCGUGUACGUGAAGCCAACUUGCGAUUGGCCCACCACGGCACUAUCCCUGCAGUCUUGUUGCAUCGGAUUUGGAACCACCCCUUGGUGCGUAAUCAAGAUUUCCAAUCCCUCCAUGAAAUUGAACAAUGGGCAGAACAUGAAGUGCAGGAAGUCGUGCGCCAGGAUCGCUUGACAAAAAUCCAAACCUGGCGACAGAACAUGCGCACGGACAUGGCCAAAGCGCGCCGAUGGAUCAGCAAACAAAACAAUCUGCCUGUCACUUCAGUGCACGACCCAAACCAUAAGGACAAUACUGCCACUGCCUCCAACCAUGAAUCCUUGGAGGCCAUCCACAGUUUUUGGAAUACCAUUUGGAAUCGCCAAAUGCCACCUGUUUCCGAAGCUUUUGAAGCCUGGCAGCAACAUACCCCCUCUAGGCCUGAGUUUCCUUGGACACCUCUGUCGGGCAAAGAACUUCACGCUAAUGCAUUGCGGCAGCGGGGUUCAGCUGCAGGCGUGCAAGGUAGCGGUGUCGCCAAGGCAGUCGAUCUCCUUUUCCAAAAAUUCGAAAAAGGGGGUAUCUUGCUCAGCCUGGACUUUCAGAAAUGCUUCGAUACCAUCAAUCCCGCCUUGGGGCUUCAAUGCCUGAGGCAUUUGGGAUGCCCUCAGCAGAUGCUCAGAAUGCUUCAAGAAGUUUGGCAGCAAGAACGCUGGCUCACAUACAAUGGUGAAUAUUUGCAAGCUCCGGUCACUGUCACCUCAUCAUUGCCGCAAGGUGACGCCACCAGCCCGCUGACCAUGCUGGCGCUUAUGACCGGGCUUACCAAUCUAGUCCUUGCCCAAGAUAAUACUGCCUGUACUCUGGUGACCUUUUUGGAUGAUCGCAACAUGAUUGCCAGCAAUCCGAAGCAAGCAUACCAUCUCUGGCAAAUCUGGAAAUCCAAGUCUCAGCAGGUGGGUCUUUGGGAAAAUGAUAACAAGACCAAAGUUGUCCCCAGACGAGCUGUUUAUCGACAGCAGCUCAUCAACGAAGGGUUUUCUGACCGCCACGUGACCACGGCAGCUCGCGUCCUGGGCAUUGAUUUUACUGCUAGGCUUGGAGACAGCAACAGAGCCACUCAAGCCGAGCGAAUCAAAGGGGCCCUCGCACGCCUCAACCGCGUUGCAAUGAUGCCCAUAAACAUGCGCAUGAAAGCCAUACAUGCGGUCUCGAUUGUGAUCCCAAAGGCGGCAUGGGGGGCAUGGACGAGCCUAGUCCCUGUCCGUGCUCUUAAUGGCACCGUCAAAAAGCUUGCUGGAACUGGGCACAACCAAGCUUCACAAGACCUUUUUUAUUUGUUGGCUGGCCAUGGUCUCCACCCUGAGUUCUGCGCAGCAAUGCAAGCGUAUUCAUUCCUUGCCACUGAAGUUCGCCGCCGCGCUCGUCCGUGGCCACAAAGAACCAUCAGAGGCACUUGGUUGCAUACAGUCACUUCCUGGCUGCAAUCCCUUGGCUGGGAUGAAGUUGGAGCCUUUCAUUGGAGACAUUCUGAUAUUCAGGUCGACAUCCAAUGGUCGCAUCCACUCAGUCCUGCGGAAGGAGAAAAAGAAAAACAUCACAUUCGUGAAACUUGGAGACGGCUCUUGUUCGAUCAAUUCCUUGCCAGUUCCCGCCGAGAUUCCCAAGCUGUUGGCAACCCUGCCUAUGAUGAAGCUUGGAUUACACGUGCCAGAAAAUUGUUUCAGGAGGCAGACACGCACGGUCGUGCGGUCAUGGUCGGUGCUGUUGUAUCAGAUGCCAGAUACGACCGUAUGAAGCGCCGUGAAAUUGCACAUUGUCAGUGGUGUCGUGAUCCUGAUGCCAUCCCUGGAUGGGUUCACCAUGCUUGGGAAUGCCCAGCUUUUGCUCAGGGGCGACCUCUGACUCCUGACAAUGCUUUUCAGAAAAUUCUAGGUCCCGUGUGUUGGAUCAACGUUACAGAGGAACAGGCCUCUAGGGCCUCAUACCUUGGUGUCAGUGUGCCACUCUUCGGGGUGUCGCCUGUGCGCCAAU